AUGGCUCGCACAAAGCAGACCGCUCGCAAGUCCACCGGUGGCAAAGCCCCGCGCAAGCAGCUGGCCACUAAGGCCGCCCGCAAGAGCGCCCCGGCCACCGGCGGCGUGAAGAAGCCCCACCGCUACCGGCCCGGCACCGUGGCGCUGCGCGAGAUCCGGCGCUACCAGAAGUCGACCGAGCUGCUGAUCCGCAAGCUGCCGUUCCAGCGUCUGGUGCGCGAGAUCGCGCAGGACUUCAAGACCGACCUGCGCUUCCAGAGCUCGGCCGUCAUGGCGCUGCAGGAGGCCUGCGAGGCCUACCUGGUGGGUCUGUUUGAGGACACCAACCUUGUUUCAGCUCUCAAACGUCUAACCAUGUCUGGUCGCGGCAAGGGCGGUAAAGGCCUGGGCAAAGGCGGGGCCAAGCGCCACCGCAAGGUCCUGCGCGACAACAUCCAGGGCAUCACCAAGCCCGCCAUCCGCCGCCUGGCCCGGCGCGGAGGAGUCAAGCGCAUCUCCGGCCUCAUCUACGAGGAGACCCGCGGGGUGCUGAAGGUGUUCCUGGAGAACGUGAUCCGCGACGCGGUCACCUACACGGAGCACGCCAAGCGCAAGACCGUCACCGCCAUGGACGUGGUCUACGCGCUCAAGCGCCAGGGCCGCACCCUCUACGGCUUCGGCGGUUAA